ACUGAGUGAAGUCUUAACCAAUCAAAUUAGGCCAUUUUACACUUGCCAGACUUUGGUGUAAGUGCCAGUCAGUAUGGUUGUGUCAAAGACUAAAACUAAGCAUAUUUUGUCUCCAUUUUUAUUUUAGUUAGCUUUGUAAGUGCGCUAUACAGUUUUCAUUUAUUCGUUAAAACUUAGUUUUUUAUUUAGUUUCAGUUAACUAAAAUGAUUUUUGAAAUUUAGUUUUAGUUAUUUACUUAGUUUUAGUUAACUAUGAUUACCUUGGACUGGGCCUUCCAGAAACAGGUGUCUUUAAACUACAAUCACUUGAGACACAUUCACGGCACUCAGGUGAUCCCCAUUUCACUAACUGACUAUUAGAGGUGAGGGGAUUUAUAAAAUCAAUAAAAGGGUAAAACAUCCAAGGGGGGUGAAUACUUUUGCAGGGACUGUAUAUCAACCUGGGAAAUAAAAGUGAACAAAGGUGGCACUUCUUAUCCCCUACAUACAAUACAGCCUUGGAUUUCCUCUCAGCAACAAUUCAGACAAAGCUAUCUCUCUUGCCUGGUCCCAGUCAAAGUGUUUUCAGACAGACACGGUUCUGGUUCUGGCUCCAGUUCCCUUUUGUAGACUCAGAACCUUGGUGCUUUCUGGCAAACCAGCCCGUGUUCACACCAGUUUAAGCUGAACCAAAGUGGCAGGACAUGAUUACCACUUGCGCAAGUCUUUCAUGUUGUCCUGGUACUCCUUCUUCAGUUUCUUGAGUAAAUUAAUCAUUUGGUCUGGUGUUCAGGUGAACCCAGCCUUCACCAUCUCUUCCGCAAGUUCGGCAUGUAAUCUGCUCUUCUUUGAACUCCUCUCCUGCUUCACCUGGAAUUCUGUCGAUGCCCAGAUCACAACAAAACAUUUUGUCUCUCCGGCAGACCACUUUUUCUUGUUUUUUCUUUUCAUUUUCACAACCUAGAAUGUGAUACACCCACUGAUGGUGUCACAGUUCCCAAGAAAGAACCAACUAUUUUUGGUUCCAGCUUAGAACCAACUUUUCAGGUUCAGAACCAAUUUUUUCCCGGUUUGAAUGCGCCGGCCAGUUCAAAUUUAGGUUCAGGAACUGGAACCAGCACGGAGCCCUGCCAGUCUGAAAGGCCUAUCACUUUCAGAGCUGCUGAAGCCUUUUGGAGGUGAGGUGAAGCAUCUUUGAAAACCUUAAUCAAGUCUAUUUGCCCUUUUUGGAGAAGGAUUAGGAUAAUGAUGACCUGGAUGAAUAAAAACCUACACAGACAUAUUAACAUCCACCAGCGAGUGGUGAUUAAAGAGGAGGUUAUCCCUGAGCAGCAGGAAUGGAGCUCCAGUGUAAACCAGGAGGAUCCACCACAACCAGCACAUAUUAAAGAGGAACAGGAGGAACUCUGGAUCAGUCAGGAGAGAGAGCAGCUUCCAGGAGAAGAGGAGGAUGAUCUCAAUGUGAUCACAUUCACUCUUGUCACUGUGAAGAGUGAAGAUGAAGAUGAAGAGGAACCUCAGUCCUCACAGUUUGCUGAAAACCAUAGUGAAGAGAACAGAUGUAUGGAGAAUUUGAAAACAGAAGCUGAUGGAGAGGACUUGAGGGGAUCAGGAGCAGACAGAGACUUAAAUGCAGGCGGUCAUUUACAGCCAGUUACUCCUAAUAAGACUUUGCAGAUCUCCGGAUCUGAGACUGAUGACAGUGCUGAUUGGGAGGAGAGUGAUGAACCUCAGGAAGGUUUAAACCCUCUGAAAAACAAAGACUUAGGUGUUGUUGAUAUGAAUUGUAACACUGCGAACACACCAGUUAAUUCCUCUGAAUGUGCUCCAGACUUUGAACAAAAGAAACCGAAAAAGAAACGCAAAAGAAACCGUACAGGAGAGAGACCGUUUAGUUGCUCAAUUUGUCAAAAAAGUUUUCCGCUGAGACAUGCAUUGGUGACGCACAUGAAAGUCCAUACAGGUGAAAAACCAUAUAGCUGUCCAGUUUGUCAUAAAACAUUUUCCCAACAAGGCAAUAUGAAGACACACAUGACUGUCCACACAGGAGAGAAACCAUUUAGUUGCCCAUUUUGUGAUAAAAGAUUUUCUCAUCAAGGAAGUCUGAAGCGACACUUGACCGUCCACACAGGGGAGAAAUCCUUCAGCUGCUCAGCCUGUGAGAAAACAUUCUCGACUAAGACAAGCUUAGAUGAACACAUGCUGCGCCACUCAAUAGAAAAACCUUUUAGCUGCUCAGUUUGUAAAAAAGGGUUUAUCAAGAAAGCAGACAUGAUGAUGCACAUGAGAGUCCACACAGGUGAGAAACCAUUCAGCUGUUCAGUUUGUCAUCAGAAUUUUUCCCAGCAAGGAAAUCUGAACCGGCACUUGGCUGUCCACACAGGAGAGAAACCCUUUAGUUGCUCAGUUUGUGGAAAGAGAUUCAAAGGAAGGGGGGCUGUAAAAAGGCACUCGGUCGUCCACACAGGGGAGAAAUCAUACAAGUGCUCAGUUUGUGCUAAAGGAUUUAUGAGUAAGAAACGCUUAAGUGAACACAUGCUGCGACAUUCAGCAGAAACAAACAUAUAGCCUCUUAUUUGUAGGAAUAUAAACUGAACAGAGAAGGUGAUGCGCAUGAGAGUCCACACAGGUCUAGACCUGCUCUUUUCGUUAUGUCCUGACAUAAUAUUUGUAACGAAAUGGUGCUACACAAAGAAUGAUUGAUGAUCGAUUAUUUUCUCAACAUGAAUUGUUCUCAUUCAUUUUGUUGUUUAUAUUUGUUUUUAAAGUUAUUUAUACAGUUGUAAUGUAUUUUAUGUCGCUGGUACUGAACCCUGGUCAGUAUUUGUACUAAUUAUUGGAUUAAAGUCCUUG